CCAGAAGGAGCAGCAGAAGACCAAGAAAAAGCAGAAGAGCACAAAAAAGAAGCCUCCUGCUGCCGUGAGGGAGGAGGAGGAAGAGGAGGAGCCAGUGAGGAAGCUGAGCAGGGACAGCAGUACUCCAGAACCAGACGCGGGCCGGGACUCCGAGCCAGGUCAGACCGACCAUGAAUACUCCUCUGGGGCAGGAGGGAAGCAUGCUGGGGGGCCCCAACCCAUGGCCCCUGGAGUCUUCCUUACACAGAGACGACCCUCCACAUUUUCAUCAUCUCACAACAAUAACAACAACAACACGGCCAAGGGGGAGCGAGGGGCCGGAGCAGGAGGAGCAGGAGGAGGAGCAGGAGGAGCAGGCGGAGCAGGAAAGGGUGACGCAAAGGGCGAAGCGAAGCGGCUCAAGAAAGGCAUGGCGACGGCCAAACAGAGACUAGGAAAGAUCCUCAAGAUCCACCGCAACGGGAAGCUCCUCCUGUAACAGGAAGUGACUCGCUGAGGAGCAUUGCCAUUGGCUCCUGCAGUACUCUUAGCCUAUGAACUGGCCCCUGUCUCCAUCUCCUUUCCUUUGAUUGGUGCUGGGCUAACAGACAGACUGAAACAGUCAACAUUGGUUUUGCCUUUUACUUAAAAGUGUACAGAAUAAUUGCUAGAAAUAUUUUUUAAGAAAAAUAUGUCAUUUUACUACAGUCAGUUUGCGUUAAAGUAGGGCUUGCAGCCUAAACGACAACCUAUUCCCUUUGUAGUGCCCUGGUCACCAAUAAGGCCCUGGUCAAAAGUAGUGCGCUAUAAACGGAACAGGCUGACGUUUGGGACACCGCCAGGAAGUACAUUGGGACGCAGCCAGGAAGUACAUUGCAGUCCAGGACCCUGAAAGUAUCCCCUACAUGUAUUCAGGUGGAUGACACUUAUGGGGGGGGGGGGGGUGGUUAAAAGGUAGUUUAUAGACAAUUCAUUCCUACUAUUUGGAUGUGGCUUAUCAUUAACCUUCCAAUAUUGUUUAAGAAUUUAGGGAAUAAUUGUUGCUUUCUGUCCUCCCCAGACCAGACUUAGCCUGAAAUACAGUCUGUUUGUGCUAACAUUCCACCCCCAGACAUGUUAGGAGUAGUAGUGACAAGGAGUGGAAUGUUAGCACCAACACACUGUAUUUCUCCACGCUAGAGACCCAGACCUUCACUAGAUACAUUCACCUCCACGCUAUUCCUUUGUUUGCUAAGCACUAUCAGUUCCGAUAUAUUUAUUGUUCUAAUAUACUGUUUCAUGUCAUAGACGGGGAGCGGAAACGCCAAAAAGGCACUUAAUAAAACAACGAAGGGAUUUUCAGAGUCAAUAUGAUGAUGGUUCCAGUGUUCAACCGGAUGUCUCUGGUAGUUUGAACGAUUGGAAAAAAGAAACACAACCAGGAAAUGGGGUCUUUCUUGGGACGAAUGUUUUCACACCCAAACAGACAUAUCAGCGUUAUUUCACAAUGUGCCGUUACUUCCGUUUGAAGAUUAUCUUAAGAUAGAUAUUGUGAUUAUAGACCGUAUGAAUUAGCUACUUAAAGACAAACAAAUAACCAAAUGUGUUUUGUUGUUCUAAAUUAGCACAUACAGUAUAUUACCACAGCUGACAGUAAAUGAUCCUUAAAGGGAUAUAAUGUGGUAUUAUUGUCAUGCAUUAUUUAAUAAGGAUUUAUUUGGUAUUUCAAUAUCAAUAUUCCAUAAUCUAACAAUGACUGUAUUGCCACUCAAUUGAAACUCUCUAUCCCAAAUGGUACCCUAUAUAGUGCACUACUUUAGACCAGGGCCCUAUUCCCUAUAUAGUGGCCAACGUUUGAC